AUGCCCUGGCGGCCGCUGCCUCGCAUUGCCUUUGCGGUGGCUAUAUACCCGUUCCACCCCUCCUCCCCGGCGGACCUCCCCCCUGGAACUCGGCGACGAAUUGGCCAGACCCUCGAAGCCCGUGUUUUCUCCGGAAUUUUCCCGCGGAACUGUGUCGAGAUCCGGGAAGUGCUUGGCGAUGGCGAUGGCUACAAGGCCCUCCUGAAUGGCGAUCAAAAGAGUAUAGAUGGACUGACCCUGUCUGGCUUCGAGGCCGACCAAUUGGCUCGGAACAGCAUGGCCUAUUCUAUGGCCGACUCUCAGGCUGGCGGUGAAGUGUCGGACGUCGUGGUCGCGAAGAAAGGCAAACCCGCACAAAUUACGAUACAUAAAACAGACGAUCCAGAUCACGCAAGCCCGCGCUCUUUUCAAACAUACCCGACAGGAUCAAUUCCCCAUACACCGGUGACUUUUGCACCCCGCGACCCUAAUGCGCCGAAGCCAGCCGCACCCGUGCCCAUGCUGAAGAUUGGCGACGAGACCCCGACAUCUCUCACCGAGCCACUGGUAGAUGAGAUCGCUUCAUGUCUCCGCGAAUGGCAUUCCACGAACUUGCACGAAUUGCUUCUGGCUCAGCAAUAUGACGUACUGGAAGAGAUGUCGACAAUCGUGCAGGAAUUGGAUUUCGCCAGACGACAAUUACUGCACAACGUGCUGACGAAUAAGGAAAAGGAAACACUCCGGGACGAGACUGUGUGGAAACUCGUCAAGGCCAACAAAAUGCUGAGCGGAGAUGUCAUCGUUCGCGACCCGGAUCAAAGAGGCCGACUGCUGACCGGCGACGACUCUGCAAUUCAAUUGGCCAAACUCCAGUCUGAAAUGAGCAUGCUUGAGAGCCGUCCUACCGUCAGCUCCGAUUCGACCGCGUUGCACCAUCUUCUCUUGGAAAUAAACGCUUUGUCUGGAAAUACUACGGGUCCGGUUUCUCUUGGAAUGCAGCUUUAUUCGCGGUCCGACGCAGGGUCAUUCAGCCCAUUAUCCGAAACGUACAACUUGGACAUACCAUCUCCAGACAAAUUUGUUAGCCUGACCCAGAGCAACAAGUUGAAGACACUAUUCACUGAGCUCGCCGCAACCGACGUUGGAGAUGGAUCCGCCAAUGGACGCCAGCUAUACCUCGUUGCCUCAGUGCGGGCCCCCGAGAUGCGCACCUCAGCUGAUAGCACACCGGCAUCACGAUCCUCGAUUUCCAGAGAUGGCCCAGGAUCUCCCAAGGCAGGUGCAGCGGGGGGGGUGUUCAACCUUCGUUUCGAUCAGCCCAGCAAGCCCGCUGCCCAAGGAGUCCCACGAUCAUCUAGCAGCUCCUCGAGUGCGAAGGAGGUGGCGAAUCCACAGCCCACCACCGCUAAAGACUCCAAUGCCAUUCGUACAGUCGGUGUCGGAAUUCUGGAAGUAUCCCCGGUCCUUCGGCAAGAGCGCGAUACUGAGCAGGUGAUCAAUAUCUGGUCUGCGCCCCGAGAUGGUGAGGAGGGCGAAGGGCAUCCCGAUGGCUUUGAUAAGCUUCUCCGUCAUCUGCUUCCCAGUCCCACUGGACGCUAUGUGCGUACUGGACCAGCCGCGCGUUUACAUGUUCACCUGUACCCCUUCGCAAGCACCGACCCCGAAGACCUUGUUCGCCAAAGCCCCACGAUCCUUCACGAUGUUAUUCAGACCCGACGCAUCGGGUUUUCCAAAGCCCCAACAAAACCUCGAUCUGAUAUCUAUGUCACUUUAUCACAAACGGUUUUGCCCCCGGAUGCUUUACUCUCCCAUCCCACUGCCGGCCAGAUCCCUUUGUCUUUCCUUACUGGACUUCAUAAUCUUCAACUUACCCUGGAGGUACGGGAUGCUGCUGGUGCACGGGUAGACCGCUGCGUCUUCCCUUCUUCAGCUCCUAUUUCACAUACAGCCUGGCGGACUACAAUUGCCGAGCGCGGUUCCGCUUGGAACCAGACCAUUCGUCUCAAGAUCCCGACCGAGCGAAUUCCAGGAUCGCAUAUAAUCAUGAGUGUUGCGGAUGCGCCAGAGUUCCCAUUCGCUUUAGCUUGGAUGCCCCUCUGGGACCAGCAAGCAUUUAUUCGGGAUGGAAGCCAUUCGCUUUUGCUUCACGCAUACGAUAAGCAGACCUCAAGCAUGGAGAAUGGAAAGGGAGCCUAUUUGAAUCUUCCGUGGAGCUCGCUGGGUAAAAAUGAAGCCGCCAAGGAUGAAGCGAUCACUGGUCCCCUGGCAACCUUGCGCCUCGAGACUCACCUGUGCAGUACAGAGUACUCCCAGGAUCAGAUCAUUCUGAGCAUACUCAACUGGAAAGAACGCCCUGUCGACGAAGUGCUUGAUACCCUGAAGCGGCUGCCCUUUGUGCCAGAGAUGGAGAUCGUGAAGCAGCUCCGCGGGGUCUUUGAUGCGCUUUUUGGCAUUUUGGUUGAGAAUGCUGGCAAUGAGGAAUAUGAAGAUAUUAUCUUCAACAACCUGGUAACCGUGCUUGGCAUUGUUCAUGAUCGACGAUUCAAUCUCGGUCCUUUGGUCGAUCACUAUGCCGAUGAGCAGUUCAACUUCCCAUUUGUCACCCCGUGUCUUAUUCGAAGCUUUUUGCGUCUUCUCAGUGCUGCCACUGAUAUGCACCAGUCGCGGAAUCUUCGUGCCGCCUUCAAGGUGGGACGGCACUUGCUCAAGUUUAUCAUCAACGCUCGCGAACAGCAAAAGGCGAAGGAAGAGGGCAUUGGAAUCACAACUGUUCAAUCAACCUUCAACCGAGACUUACAUACAAUUUUCAAGUCCAUGGAGAAUUUGAUGAAGAACUCCUCCCCGGCACUGGUGGGAAGCAAGACUCUAAUUGUCCAGCACUUCCACUCUUGGCUGCCCGAGCUAUCCAAGGUUCUAGGUCGGGACGAGAUGAUUAUGAUUGCUCUGAGUUUCAUGGAUUCGUGCAAGGAUGUGACUGGAAUGCUUGUGCUUUAUAAGCUGGUGCUCAUCCAAAGCUACACACAGUUCGAGAUCUUCUCAUCAGGCGAGGAGCGACAAACCUUGAUCUCUAGUUGCGUUGGCUGGCUUGCUCCCUACUGGGGGUCUACGGCCGGUGUUUCUGACCAGUAUCGGGACCAGGUCCGCCUCAGCAGUGCGAUUGUGGCUCAAUUGCUCACACAGCCAGACGCUCAACUAUAUGACUUUAUGCCGAGCGUGGUUGCCUCAUACUGUGCUAUCUCUACGGAGGGUGUUGACGAGACCGAAUACCUAUCUCUCCUUUUCAGCAAGGCAUUCCCCUUCCAAGUCAAGACAUCGAAGACUCCGCAGCCAUUCGACGAGUCUCUUGUCGAAUUGUCUGCCCUCAUGGCAGCUUUGGCCAAGAUCGUGUCUCCCAAGACGCCUAACAUGAAGGACCUGGAGCUUGCAACCUUCAUUGCCCAAGCAUUUGAGGCCCACAACUCCAUCCUGGAUUGUGAAGCUUACCCCGAGACCUGGUUCAGUAUUCAUGUUUAUAACCACCGUGCCGCAAUCAAGAGUCUCGAGCACCUGGCGUUGCUUUUGAUUGAUAAACUUCUUCCGAACCCCGACGACGCGGACGAGUUUGACACCAAACUUUGGGAAUCUUUCUUUACCACGUUGCUGAAGCGACGGGCAGUCUGGAAGAUCGCUGGCGACGUUCGCGAGCAGGGUGCAGACCUCUUGCAUUCUACCUGGGAAGCGAUCGGCUGGGACACAUCUGACGAGGAAAGGGAAAGGUUCGAUUUGAAGAAGCUGGGCGGCUACCAAGUCCAAUAUGUUCCUAACUUGAUCCCUCCCAUCAUCGGACUUUGCUUGAGUGUCCACGAAGGACUGCGUCAUGUUGCGGUGCACAUUCUGCGCACUAUGAUAUUGAGCGAGUGGGAUCUGAACGAGGAUAUUUCGAUCGUCGAAACAGAAAUCAUCUCCAGCCUGGACUCUCUGUUCAAAUCCAAGCAAAUGAGCGAAAGCGUGAGCCAGAAGAUCUUCAUUACUGAGCUGUUGGAUGUGUUCGAGGGCGACGCAGAUUCCGACGAGGGUCUUUUCAAUGCUGUCAAGGGUCUCAUCUCUACUGUCGACGAGCUGCUCGAUCUCCUGGUUGCUUCUCAGAGUAGCGCAUCCACCCAAAGUCUGCAUGCCCUUAAGCUCAUGGAGUACAUGAAGGAUAUGGGUCGCGAAGAUAUCUUCAUUCGUUACGUCCAUGAACUUGCUGAUGCUCAAGCGGCUGCUGGUAACUUUACUGAAGCUGGCCUUGCUCUUCAAUUCCACGCCGAUCUCUACGAAUGGGACCUCAACAAAGCUCUCCCUGAGACUCUUACCCCAACCUUCCCCGAGCAGACCGCAUUCGAGCGCAAGGAGGCAUUAUACUUCUCUGUCAUCCAGCACUUUGAGAACGCUAUGGCCUGGGCACCUGCUCUCGCGUGUUAUAAGGAGCUUGCUGCGCACUACGAAAGCACCACGAUGGACUUUGCCAAGCUGUCUCGGGCCCAGAGCUCAAUGGCACGUAUCUACGACUUCAUCGCCAAGGGCGGAAAGCAAUUCCCGCGCUAUUUCCGAGUUGUCUACAAGGGUCUUGGAUUCCCCGCCAGCCUGCGUGACAAGGAGUUCAUCUUUGAAGGAUCAGCUAGUGAACGCAUGGCUUCUUUUGUUGACCGCAUGCAAAGAGAGCAUCCUACAGCACAGAUUAUGUCUUCUGGCGAGAUCCCCGACUACGAGGGCCAGUUCCUGCAGAUUACCAGCGUUAGCGCCCACCGCGACGUUGCUCACCCAGUUUAUCAGCGGUCUAAGGUCCCUCAUUCUGUUCGUGAGCACUUGCUGAUUUCCGACCCGGCUCGAUUCUCUUCCACGUCAAGGCGACACACCAGCAGCUCCGACGUGCGUGAACAGUAUGUCGAGAAGCUAAUUUUCACUGCCGCCGAGUCAUUCCCGAAUAUUCUGCGCCGCAGCGAGAUCGUCUCGGCUCAAGAAAUUGCCCUGUCGCCUCUUCAGACAGCACUCGAACGAACAUGCCGCAAGACGCAGGAGCUGCAACUGCUUGAACGCCGGGCUGCAUCGGGUGAGGACAGUGGUUUGUCGAACCUGACUGAAGCCCUGGAUCAAUUGCUGGAAUCGCGCGGGUCAUCGUCGAACUGUGUUGCGAUGUAUCGAGUGUUCCUGGGCGGUGCUCAGGGUACCAAGGAGAAGCAAAGUGAUAUCGCGGAAGAGGAUGACGAAGAACCAGAUGAGGAGGAGGAGGAGGAGGAGGAGCCGGAGGCUUUAGAUCCUAUGGAAAAUGCCUUGGCCGUCGCCCUCAUCGACCACGCUCUAGCGAUCAAACAUGCCUUGUCCCUCUAUCAGCGACCCGCCCAACAAGCUACCCUGGCCGAGCUUCAUCGACGCUUCGAGGAAGUGUUCGAGCCUGAGCUGGCAUCACUCUCGACCUCUCCGCCGGAAUAUUCCUCACCCACCCCUACUCAACCUGCCCGUCGAUCGCCCUCGUCGUCAGAAUACCGCCGAACUCAGGGCAUCCAACGAUCUGUCAGCCCCGAACAGGAGCUGAUUCGGGCGUCCCGCGGUAAUAUGCACACUCGUAAGCGCUCCGAACGGCAAUCGGUCAGCCAGCGGAUCAGCAUCAUCAACCCGUUCAAACGGCACGGAGCAUCCAAUUCCAUCUUCACGAUCCAGCAAUCGGAUAGCAAGGGCCAACUUGACCAAGAAGAUGGUGGAGACGACGACGCGGCCACCAUCCACAGCCGCGCCACGAGCCACUCCCGUGGAGGAAAGAGUGAUAAGCGUCGCAGUUGGUUUGGCGGUGAUAAGAUCAAGCACGGGUCCUCUCCCUCGGUAGCAGCUGUUGGCGAGGAGACGAUCAAACGGCGAACCUCACGCAGUGCUUCCCGCGAUACGGGCGCACAGUCUCAAGAUGGUCGUAGUCGGGCAGGGUCUCAGCAUCGCGGCCCGACUGCCAACACGACUGCCAACUCAGAGCGACCGGCGCCCGUAUCUAGUGGUGGCUGGUCAACUCUUCCUUCGACGCGCGAUUAUUCCCGUCCGGUGACACGCGAUAGUGCUAGUGCGAGUGCGAGUGCUCAUGCGGGGAUUAACGGGGGCGGCCACACAGCCUCAGCCACAACCAAUGCCCCCGCUAACCAUGUCAACGGUGCCAACGCCAAUGCCAACGUUCAUGCUAGUGCCAAUGGCCAUGGCCAUGGCAAUAGCAAUGCAAACAAUGGGAUGCGGGAUUCUGUGUUUCGGCGAUUCAGUCUGCUCAAGGGUGUUGGGCGGAAGAGUAGCCGGAUGGAUUUCAAAGCUAACGUUUCAUUCAAGGUUCCAAAGUCCAAACGUUCCAAACGUUACCAAAGAGCUUGGCUACCCAAAGAAUGUACCUCCUCGACUGACUCCUUUGCUCCCCUCGUCCCGCAGCUUCCGUUCCCUUUCGGACUCAACUUCGAAGUCACACUUUCGCAAUGGCUCAUUAAAUCCUGGCGAGCACACUUCACUACUCGGCCACUCACCCUCCUCCCCGGUUACUCGCCGCAUCACGCGCAGGAUCAUGGCCAUCACCAUCAUCACCCCAAUGACUCUCGUGCCUGGGUUCGCUGGCCACAGCAUGUCGUGCGUCUGACUUGGUACACCCUGGUCCGCGAUUACGUGAACUUGCUUCUUGUCUUUGUGCCGUUGGGUAUGGUGGCUGGUGCCCUUCAUUGGAAUUCCACUGCCAUCUUCGUCUUGAACUUCUUUGCUAUUAUCCCGCUCGCUUCGCUGUUGAGCUUUGCGACGGAGGAAUUGGCUGGUACGAUGGGUCAGGCACUGGGUGGUCUGAUGAAUGCUACUUUUGGUAACGCAGUGGAAUUGAUUGUCAGCAUCAUCGCUCUUAAGGAUAACCAGAUCCGUGUCGUUCAGGCUAGUAUGCUGGGCUCCAUUCUCUCCAACAUUCUCCUCGUCCUGGGUUGCUGCUUCUUUGUCGGCGGUCUGAAAUACUCCGAGCAGAGCUUCAACAGCACCGUCGCCUCCACCAUGUCGUCCCUCAUGGCUGUCGCCUCUGCCUCGCUGAUCAUUCCCGCCACUCUCUAUGCCGCAAUCUCCGGCUCCCCCCCACAAUGGCGACAAGGAAGCCCAGGAUAA